AUGGACACCAAUUCCGAGGAAUAUUAUAACGCAUAUUAUCAGUGGUGGUUUUUGCAGCAGCAAGCGCAGGCUCAGGCGCAGGCAAACGCACAGCACGCACAACACACAGCCAGCGUCGGCGGAUACAACGCUGGAUACUACAGCUACAUGAACAAUCAGCAGUUCUAUCCUUCUGCUUCCGGUGCAAACGCUGGCCCAAGUAGACAAAGUAGACAGUCCAAGCCAAAGAAGCAGCGGCAGCAGCCACAAGCACAACAGCCGCAACAACACCACUGCACCCAAUGUACCCAUUCGGGUACAAAGAAACAAGUAGAGUUACACAUGAUGGACAGACACCUCAUUUAUCCACCCGGCUUCCUCGAGAACGAGGAGCGUAAGAGAGCUUCGAAGCCUGCGAAGCCUAUCGUGCCCGUCGAAGGUACAAAUAUCAUGCUCGAUACUCCAGAGGCUAUAAAUGACUGGAUUGCUGAGCGUAAGAGUAGGUUUCCUUCUGCAGCAAAUCUCGCUGAGAAGGAACGCGUCCGGGAGGAUAAAAAGGCGCGCGGAGAGCUACCACUACAUCCAAAGUUCGGUGGUAGCUUGAAGGGGAGCUCUAAUCACAAAGCAUCUCAAGCAUUUCAACCGUCUCAAAUACCAAAGAAACGUGUCAUAGAGGAGGCUGACGACAACGACGGUGCUACCAAUGAUGCUGACGAUGCUGACGAUGCACCAGAAAGUGUCUCCUCAAAGAUCCCUCCAUCCCAUCCACCAAAGCCUUCCCAUCUCCUCUCACAGCCACGCCUUCAUAAAAACCACACAGACAGCAAACCAAAGCACAAAAAUCAAUUCGAGCAGCCAAAUCUCAUGGCGAAGCUGUUCAACGAUGAGAUUAGGCAGAGUGUAAGCUACCUCUCACAAACGAUACGCUUCCUCGUGGCCAAUGACUUUUUGGACAAUGUCGAGCUACAAGUAGGCCAAGCAGAGGCACCCAAGAUGGUUGAGGAGAUGGAGUAG